AUGAAUUAUUCAAGUUUCCCGCCAAUCAUCACUUACUCCAACUCAUGUGCUUCACCAUUUGAGAUGGAUGAACGGACUUCUCACGCGUCUCGGCUCAACGUUUAUGUGCAUAAUGUCACGAUAGUACUGACGUUUUUGAUGAUGCAUAUGGCAAUCAAAAAACUGCUGACCAAGAAACUAUUCAGUACGACCACUCGGAACCUCCUGUUCUACUGUAUGAUAUAUUAUGUUGUCCAUGAUAUUUAUUUUAUUUGUACUAUGAACUGGUCCUUCUACCGCUCGAUCACCCGAUCCGACGACUCUUGUCGGAUAAUGUUUCAUGGAUCCGAAUGUUAUUUCCUGUAUAUUAUGGGAGUAUUCUUUAGGGUUCUACUACCAAUCUCUCAGAUUGCUAUAACUGUCGAGAGAAUAAUAGUAAACUUCCUCCCCAACUCCGACCUCAUCAAUCCCGCCAUCUUGAACACCAUGACGAUAAUUCUCUCCGUCAUCACAACUAGUAAAAUCAAACCGUCGACACAUUCCGAGUUCAACAGCCCCAACUGCUUCCAGCAAAUGUAUCCCGACAUGCCGACAACAAGAAGUCUCAUCACUCUCAUGGUUGUGUUCGAUGUGUUCUGUUUCCCUGUCAACUUUCUGAUUAUGAUCAGAAACCGAAAGAAAUUUAAUGAUCUACGCGAUUCUCACGAGUACAACCUGAAAUCCCGGUAUGCCAACAAGACGAAUAUGUACGCGGCGAUGAGUGUCUCGUUUGUUUCAUUCAUUCAAACUUUGAUCUACACUGUAUACAUUUCUUCGUUGUUGAUCACGUUAAAGAUGUUUGUGACGGAAAAUGGACUGUUUUAUGGGAACAAUGUGGCUUUGUGGUUUUAUACAUUCCCCCUCGCCGGCUUUGCACUCCCCUGCUCCAUCCUCCUCUCAUUCUGCAGUCUUUCAAUGAAGAAGAAAAACAAAAUAGGAGUGAUAAAGACGACGAACAGCUACGCGACACAAGACGCCUACUUCAGAAGUCUCGCUCAUCAAUGGGGUAGUGCAACAUCAUCACGAAUGUCGAUAGCUUAA